AUGUCUUCGCAUACGGGUUCAGACGACGAUGAGAGUGAUGGCACAAGCUAUGUAGACGGGGUGAGGUCUUUGAACAAUAAUUUGGCCAUUGUCAACGGUCGUGAUGAUGAUGAUGAUAAUAAUGCUAAUGAUGAUAAUGAUUGUAAGGAGAAGUUGGAGCUGUUAAGAGUUACUUCCACAAAAGAAAACGAGUAUACUAUACUCAGCAAACGUGAGCGGGUGUCCUUGGCUUUAUUAUUGGCACUGGUUGGAAUGUGUUCUGCUAUGACAAUGCCGAUAUAUUGGACUGCUUUACCAGAAAUGGCCGUUGCUUUUCAUACAACGGAAGAGCACAUCAAUUUUACUGUGACGUCAUAUUUGUGUUUCCAAGCAGUAGCACCUGUGUUCGUGUCGUCUCUAUCUGACAUUUUUGGGAGACGGCCCGUAAUUCUGGGCUGUAUCAUUGGAGGUAUUGCUACCAAUGUUGGACUAGCUGUUUCGAGGACAUAUUGGCUAAUUGUUUUCUUGAGAUGUAUUCUUGCUACUUUUCUUGCUCCUUUGGUAAGCAUUACUUCUGCUGCCGUGGGAGAUUUCACAACUAGAAGAAACAGAGGUGGGUUGACAGGUCUAACAUCUGGGUUCACACUUAUCGGUCAAGGUGUGGCACCGUUUCUUGGUGCAGUCAUGGAUACGGCUUGGAAAUGGCCAGCUAUUUUCUGGUUUUCUGCUGCCUUAGAAGGUCUCAUCCUUGCAAUCGUUUUUGUUGCCCUCCCUGAGACUCAUCGUGGUUUUGUCGGUGAUUUGAGUGUGAGGCCAAAAUUUUGGAUCCACAGGAGCCCUAUUUUAGCUUAUUUUGGGAAUAGAAUUGUUGGCUAUAAUCAAAGUUUAUUGGAUAAGCGAUUGCACAAGUAUGAACCUUGGAAGCCAUUGAAGUUGGUUACUAGAAUCAGCGUUUUCAACAUUUUGCUCCCCUCGUCAUUAUUGUUUUCAGUUUGGACCAUCUCGCAAACUUCCUUGUCGGUUCAUUUGAGCUCUGAUUACCAUUACUCUACGUUGCAUGUAGGUUUAUGCUUUUUUGCUCCGGGUUCAGCUACAAUCGUUGGGACUUUAGUUUCCGGCAGAUUGUUAGAUAUAAUUUACAAAAAACGGAAAGCCAAGUAUGAUACCAAAUAUAUUUCGGACAUUGAGAAGACCAGUAUAACACCAAUUCCACCUUUCAAUAUCUUGUUAGUCAGAUUAUACUGUAUUCCAUUUGCGGCAUGUAUUGUGUGCAUGGCGUCAGUCGUUUUCGGUUGGUGUUUGGAAUAUCGGAUUGCUUUGGCAGUCAUCCUCGUCAUGGCUUUUCUCAUAACGUUUUUCUGUAUGUUUCCCUUGAAUAUCACCACCACCGUGUUGGUAGAUAUGUUCCCUGAAAUUGCUGGCGGUGCUACAGCACUCAACAAUCUAUUUCGAUGUGGUAUGAGUGCUAUUUUCGUGUCUUGUCUUACCAAAAUGGAAGACAAUAUGACCUUGGGAGGGACUUACACAUUUAUGGCAGGAAUUGCUGCUGUCUCGACAGGACUAGUGCUCGUAUUAAUGAAAAACAGUGAGUCAAUACUGAUCAAAGCCAGAGAAAAAAAGAUGAGGGGUGGGUAG